AUGGCCAUCAUGAGUAAACGUUGCCGUCUUCUCUUAAGUCUAUCUUUCGUGAUUUCUCUUAUGAACUUCCCGUUCUUAACCAUAUCGGAGACACCGUGUCCGUACCCUUGUUACCCGCCGCCAAUAGCCGGUGGCUCUACUCAAGUGACUCAACCGACCGGUUAUUACCCUCAACCGACAGCUUAUUACCCUCCUCCGACGGGGAAUGUACCGAAUUACCCUUCUCCACCGUAUGUCGGAGAUAACUCAGGCGGCGGAGAUUACGGUCCUCCACCGCCGGAUCCUAUCUUGCCUUACUUCCCGUUCUACUACAGAAAGCCACCUCAUCAGACGGAUCAGUCGUCAUCUUCAUCUGUCGUCCUGAAGUCGACGGUGAGGAGGAUCGUCACAGUGGCAAAUCUUGUUGCGGUGCUUGCGUUUCUUUUCGGUAACGUUUUGCUUACGAGUUAA